AUGGCGACACAGACAGAACCGAAGAUCGCCCCUAGUAGGGAUGAUAUCCAGCAUGUCGAAACAGGUCCCAAGAAAAGCUAUGAAGAGCCUUCCAAAGCCACGACCGUCUUAAAGUCGACUAUCGACGAGCUCGGCAUGUGGGACACGGUUCGCAAGUUUCCAAAGGCUGUUCUCAUCUGCAAUCUGAUGUGCAUAGCAGCCGCAGCUGAUGGUUACCAGAUCAACUUGAAUGGCGGCAUCAUUGCUAACCAGGGAUUCACCAACCACGUUGGCUUCCGGAACCAGGCUGGUAUUUACACGCUUAAGGCAGAGUAUACCGCUCUUUGGGGAGCUAUGCAGUCACUUGGUCAACUUAUAGGACAGGUGCUACUUAACCCCAUCUCAGAUCGGCUCGGUCGCAAGCAAACUCUUUAUUUUCUCUGGGUACUUCUGGCUGGGUCCCUUAUCAUCGAGACCCUCGUGCGUGACUGGCGUGACUGGGCCGGUGCCAAGGUGCUCGCGGGAGUGGGCGUCGGUGCCAUUCAAGCCACACUGCCUAUUUACAUUACCGAAUGGGCUCCAGUUAAUAUUCGCGGAGCAAUGAUAGUGACCUACGGCUUUUGGAAUACCAUUGGCAAAUUUCUGGCUAAUCUCGUUCUCAUGUUAUGUCAGCAAACUGAUGCACUUAACUACAAGAUUCCAAUUCUGACCCAGUGGGGGUUCUUGGGGUUGAUGUUGCCCAUUUUCCUUUGGCUUCCAGAAACAGCCGCCUACUAUGCCGCACGAGACCAAGAUGAAGAGGGCAAGGCCACACUGCGCCGAGUGAAUGGUUCAGCUGACGGGUACGACGUCGAGGUUGAAUACUCCAUCAUCAAGAACACUAUUCUGGAAGAAAAGCGCGAGAAGUUUGAACAGGGAAAUGGUGAGGAUGGGCAAAGCUUCAAAGAAGUGAUGGAUUCAUACGUUGAGUGCUUCCGCGGCACAAACUUCAAGCGCACCAUCGGUGCAGCACUGCCAUCAUGUUCGCAACAACUCUCGGGUCUUUCUUUUCUCAACGUCUAUGCAAGCCUAUUUUUUAAGCAGAGCGGCUUCACCAACGCGUUCCUCAUCACCACUAUUCAAUGCUGCAUUCAGCUUUUUGCUGCUUUUUGCCUCAUGUUGGGCUCCGACAAGAUUGGUCGUCGCCUGCUUGUCCUCGUUGCUGUUGGAUUCUGCAUGGGCACUUUACUCAUUGUCGGUAUUUUGGGCCUUGUGCCUCAAACGUCUGCCCUGAAGAACUUUCUCAUCUUUGUCGCCUGUGUCUGGUCAUUCUUCAACAGCAUAGUUGGUAGCCUCGGUGGCGCCUUCUCAGGCGAGGUUGGUGCCCAGAAACUUCGAGCCAGAACUGCUGGCAUUUCCCAAGGCAUGUCUGUAAUAUUCGGGCUUAUUUUCAAUACGACUGUCCCACUGAUGCUCGAUGUCAACGGGGCGAACUGGGGAUACAAGACUGCAUGGCUCUUCUUCGGCACCGGCUCAGUUGGCUGUGUUAUCCUCUGGUUUAUGCUACCCGAAUGCGCUCAACGAAACGCUGCUGAGAUCGAUGAGAUGUACGCCAAGGGCGUACCUCCCAGGAAGAUGGGUAAAUACGUGACGGAGGCGCAGUCCAUGAAUGCUGGUCUAGUCAGAGCCUAG